ACUGCACUGCUAUAUCUUUCCUUCCCCACUCCACUUCUCAAGAAAAAUAUUAAACUCUCUACCUAUCUCUCUCUUACUUUCUCUCUCUAGAUAUCUUCGCCGCCGGUUGUUGACGUAAGCAGGUUCAUCUCCCACUGGACCCCGGAAUCUUGUUAUCAGGAAAUUCAACAAUUUUUAGGGUUGGAAUCAGCUUGAGUUAUUAAACAAUAAUUCUGAAUUCUAUUUUAAGCAGUUAGACAAGGCUUGUGUCUAAAUUAUUGGAGGACACUUGGGAUCAGGGUGCUCGGUGUUAAUUAGUGGCUUUAUGACCCUUUAGAAGGAUAUUCUGUUCUGAAUGAUGGUAUCAAGAUCGGGUUCGAGCUUUUUGGACUUCACAUCUGGAGAAUUGCCACGCAUCCCUCAAACUCCUAGAGCUCUUCCAAGGCUGAUGUCUGUCCCUGGAAUCAUCUCUGAUAGUUAUGGCGGCAAUGAUGGAGAUUCAGAUGGUACAUCAUCAGUUUGUCGAGAGAGAAAAAUAAUUGUAGCAAAUAUGUUGCCUUUGCAUGCUAGAAGGGACAGCGAGACUGCAAAAUGGUCCUUUAACUUUGAUGAGGAUUCACUUCUGUUGCAAUUGAAGGAUGGGUUUUCACCUGAUACUGAGGUUAUAUAUGUGGGUUCUUUGAAGGUUGAAGUAGAAGCCAGUGAACAGGAAGAAGUCGCACAGAGACUACUGGAUGAAUUUAAAUGUUUGCCAACUUUUUUACCUCUUGACAUUCAGAAAAGGUUUUAUCAUGGUUUCUGUAAGCAACAACUCUGGCCUCUUUUUCAUUACAUGCUACCCAUUUGCCCAGAUCAUGGGGAUCGCUUUGACCGUCAGCUUUGGCAGGCCUAUGUCUGCGCAAAUAAAUUAUUUGCAGAUAAGGUUAUGGAAGUUGUCAAUCCUGAUGAUGAUUUUAUCUGGGUCCAUGAUUAUCACCUCAUGAUUCUCCCUACAUUUUUGAGGAAGCGAUACCAUCGAGUGAAGCUUGGAUUUUUCCUCCACAGUCCUUUUCCUUCUUCUGAGAUAUACCGAACUCUGCCCGUCCGGGAUGAAAUUCUGAAAGGAUUGCUGAAUUCUGAUCUGAUUGGUUUUCAUACAUUUGACUAUGCCCGCCAUUUUCUCUCAUGCUGUAGUAGAAUGCUAGGCCUUGACUAUGAAUCUAAACGCGGACACAUUGGGCUUGAGUACUUUGGGCGCACAGUGUACAUUAAAAUUUUGCCUGUGGGUGUUCAUAUGGGAAGACUUGAAUCUGUGUUGAAUCUUCCGUCUACAUUUGAGAAGGUCAAAGAGAUUCAAGACCAAUUCCAUGGGAAAAAGUUAAUUAUUGGUGUUGAUGAUAUGGACAUUUUCAAAGGCAUCAGCUUGAAAUUGCUAGCCUUUGAACAGCUUCUGCAGCAACACCCUUCUUUGCAUGGCAAAGUAGUUUUGGUUCAGAUAGUUAAUCCUGCUAGGAGCUCUGGGAAAGAUGUUCAGGAAGCAAAGAAGGAGACAUAUUCAACUGCUAGAAGGAUCAAUGAAGCUUAUGGUUACCCCGGGUAUGAGCCAGUAAUUGUGAUUGAUCGUCCUGUUGCUCGCUUUGAGAAAACUGCUUAUUAUGCCAUGGCUGAAUGUUGCAUAGUAAAUGCUGUGAGGGAUGGGAUGAACUUGGUCCCAUACAAGUAUAUAGUAUGCAGGCAGGGCUCUCCCUCUAUGGAUGAAGCCUUGGGUAGUGCCAAAAUGGAAUCUCCUCGGACAAGCAUGCUUGUUGUGUCUGAGUUUAUUGGCUGUUCACCUUCUCUUAGUGGAGCAAUUAGGGUGAAUCCAUGGGAUAUUGAAGCAGUGGCUGAGGCUCUGAAUACAGCAAUUUCCAUGUCUGAAUCAGAAAAGCAACUCCGCCAUGAGAAACACUACCGGUACGUGAGUUCACAUGAUGUAGCUUAUUGGGCCCGUAGCUUCUUGCAGGACUUGGAGAGGGCAUCUAAGGACCACUACAAUAAGCGCUCCUGGGGCAUUGGCUUAGGCCUGGGUUUUAGAGUUAUUUCGCUUUCUCCGAGUUUUAGGAAGCUCUCUAACGAACACAUUGUUUCGUCAUAUAAACAGACAAACAGGAGAGCAAUAUUCUUGGACUAUGAUGGCACUAUUGUACCUCAUUCCUCAAUUAUUGAGGCACCAAGCCCUGACGUUAUUGCAUUGUUGGAUGCUCUGAGCAGUGAUCCUAGGAACACAGUAUUCAUAGUUAGUGGGAGAGGGAGGACUUCCUUAGGUGAAUGGCUUUCUCCUUGUAACAAUUUAGGAAUAGCUGCUGAGCAUGGAUAUUUUCUAAGGUGGAACAAAUCUUCUGAUUGGGAAUCUUUGGCGGCUAAUCUUGAUUGGAAGGAAAUUGUGGAACCAAUUAUGAAACUAUAUACAGAGGCAACCGAUGGCUCAAGCAUAGAAACGAAAGAAAGUGCAUUGGUGUGGCAUCAUCAGGAAGCUGGUCCAGACUUUGGGUCAUGCCAGGCUAAGGAACUGUUGGAUCAUUUGGAAAAUGUCCUUGCAAAUGAACCUGCAGUCGUGAAGAGGGGCCAGCAUAUUGUCGAAGUCAAGCCACAGGGAGUGACCAAGGGCUUAGUUGCGGAGAAGAUUCUCAGCAUGUUGGUCAAUCAAGGGAAGCCACCAGACUUUGUAAUGUGCAUUGGAGAUGAUAGAUCGGAUGAAGACAUGUUUGAGAGCAUAUUAACCAUUGUCUCAGGUCCUUCCCUCCUUUCAGCUCCUGAGAUCUUUGCUUGUACUGUUGGGCAAAAGCCAAGCAAGGCCAAGUAUUACCUUGACGACACUGUUGACGUUUUGAGAUUGCUCAAAGGUCUUGCUACUGCCUCAACUCCAAAACCCAGGAAUACCGCAGAAUUUCAGGUUGCUUUUGACAAUUUUUUCUGAUACAAACGGUAGACCCUCAACUGCACGUUUUGCCUGGUGCGAGUAUGAUAACAAUUUAGGGCAGGAGCAUCUAUUGGACCAGAUGUACCUAGUAUAGCUCUGUGAAUUUUCAUGGGCGGUGCCAAAUAGGUCAGAAGGCUGCAUUAUUUGUAUAGAAACCUGUCUUGCUUAUAUAUAAAGUGUUCUUUCCACCA